UCUCUCCCUCCAUCUCUCUCUCUCUCCCACUGCUCUGUUGCUGGGGGACAAGCAGCGGCGGUGGAUCAGUGCGUUGUUUCGGUCGAACCGGGGGGAUUUCGUUUUUCCCUCUCCCCCCUUUUUUUUUCCCCGGACAGGUGCGCUCUCCUCUUGCGCGCUCCCGGACGCGGCGGACAACUGGGGGACCGACCAUGGGGUCAUCAGCAUCAUCUCCAUCAGCAGCAUCCUCAGCAUCUCCAGCGCAGCACUACUUUACUUUGUGCGCGGCGGCGCCGGAUCACGAGAGGAGCGCGCUGAAAUAAAAAAAAAGAAAGAAGAAGAAGCUCUGUGGGGCUUUGUCGUCGAUUUCCAAGCCUGGGAAAGUUUUUCUCCCUUUAUUGCAACUGCUAUUUGUCGCCAAGCGUGCGGAAUGGAGAUCCCAACUUUCCUGCUGUCGGGUCUUGCCCUGCUCUUUGUUGGAGGGGAUAUUUUCACCAGGGCCAUGCUGAGUGACAUUGGGGACUAUGUAGGUAAAGACAUUCAAAUAUCCUGGUUACCUAAUCUGGAUGAGUUAAUGAAGGGCUAUGCCAGAAAUUUUCGCCCUGGGAUAGGAGGUCCCCCAGUGAACGUGUCCAUGGCCAUCGAAGUGGCCAGCAUUGACCACAUCUCUGAGGCCAACAUGGAGUACACCAUGACCGUGUUCCUGCGGCAGAGCUGGCGCGAUGACCGGCUGUCCUACAAUCACACCAACAAGACGCUGGGGCUGGACAGUCGCUUUGUGGACAAGCUGUGGGUGCCCGACACCUUCAUCGUCAACGCCAAAUCGGCUUGGUUCCACGACGUGACCGUGGAGAACAAGCUGAUCCGUCUGCAGCCCAACGGAGUCAUUCUUUACAGCAGCCGAAUCACUUCGACAGUGGCGUGUGACAUGGACCUGACCAAGUAUCCCAUGGACGAACAGGAGUGUAUGCUGGACCUGGAGAGUUACGGUUACUCUUCAGAGGACAUCGUGUACCACUGGUCGGAUAGUCAGAAACACAUCCACGGCCUGGACAAACUGGAGCUCUCCCAGUUUACCAUCACGGACUAUCGGUUUGUCACUGAGAUGAUGAACUUCAAAUCUGCGGGACGGUUUCCGAGGCUCAGCCUUCGCUUCGAGCUGAGACGUAAUCGAGGCGUCUACAUCAUCCAGUCGUACAUGCCUUCCAUAUUACUGGUCGCCAUGUCCUGGGUGUCAUUUUGGAUCAGCCAAUCCGCAGUCCCUGCUCGAGUGUCCUUAGGGAUAACGACUGUUCUCACCAUGACCACGCUGAUGGUGAGCGCCCGCUCCUCCCUGCCCAGAGCAUCAGCCAUCAAGGCGCUAGACGUCUACUUCUGGAUCUGCUAUGUGUUUGUGUUUGCGGCGCUCAUUGAGUAUGCCUUCGCGCACUACAACGCUGACUACCGACUCAAAGAGAAGGCCAAGGUGAAAGCCAACAAGCUCAGCUCUGAGUCCAUCGUGAAGAACGGCAAACAGGCCAUGGUUCUGUUUUCCCUCUCGGUCACUGGCAUGAACCAGGGCGUGAUGAUCUCCAGCCGCCAAGGCCGGACUCAGCGCUCCAGCAGCGAAAUCCCCGGGGAGGGCGGCGCAGAGGAGGUCGCGCCGAGGAGGAGACGGUCCAAGCAGGCGGAGGAGAAAGAGGAGGAGAAAAAGUGCUGUUCCAAGUGCGUCUGCAAGCCCAUCGAUGCCGACACCAUCGACAUCUACGCCAGGGCCGUGUUCCCUUUCACUUUCGCCGUGGUGAACGUGAUCUACUGGGUGGCAUACACCAUGUGAGGAGCAGGCAGCAGGUCUGUGCCAGUGGCUGCCGUCCAGGACUGUAUAUAAGAAACUGCUGGAGCUGUGCCACUUCAAUGCUGUCAGACUGGUACGGCUGAAGUAUACCGCGCGCCGCCGUGAAAAAGAAAAAUACUUGAGAGGAAAUGAGGUGUCACAACCUGUGAAUGUGGAAAUAUGGUAAUUCAAUUGAAGUAGUUAUGAGUAUAACAGAACUUCACGUCUUUAAAUGCAAAUACAGAAGUGUGUCUCUCCAAGGCAAAGGACUGUGUUGGAGAUUCACAUGCUCAGUGAAUAUAGUUUAGAAUCCAGAUUUCCGCAUCAUCCUCAACACGGGACACUCCAACCAGUCCUCCUGCUUGCUCGCCCUGGAGCGCUGAACACAGGCUCACCUCAUUUAAACACAAAUUGCCGUAGUUAGCUUAACUAACUUGAAGCCACAACCUGGAGUGAACCGCCUGUUACCUCAAUAAAAAAAAAAAAGCAAAAGCGCAAGAGGAUAACAAGAUGAGGUGUACUACUGUUCUGCAUGGCUGAGAACUCACUCACCCUCCUCCCCAGUCAUCACCACCCUUCUUUGCCUCUUUCGUCUUUGGUCCUCCACCCAUUUCCCCCCCCCAACUCACCUUUUGUUUAGGAAACUGUCUGGAGUGUCUUAUCUCCUGCUGCCAGUUCUUGCCUGUUUCCUCCCCAUUAAAGGACUUCCUUCCACUA